AUGGCUCAGGAUGUUGACACUGAAAUCAUAUUAUCAGCCUCAAUACUAUCCCAAAAGAUUUCUAUUGGGUCCCACCAAAGAAUGCCAUUGAAAUCAAGGGCUACAACACUUCCCAUUCAAGAAUCCCCAUAUUUAAGAAAAUUUAUGGAUGCUUUAAGAAAUGCUAAUGCUAGGAUGGUUGGGGUGUAUGGCAUGGCUGGCAUUGGUAAAACCAUGCUUGCUAAAAAGGUUGCUAGACAAGCCAAGGAGGAGAAGUUAUUCAAUAAGACGGUUAUCGUCCCUAUAUCCCAAACUCCAGAUGUCAAAAAGAUUCAAAAAGAAAUUGUAGAGCAUGUAGGCCUAAAACUUGACGAGGAAAGUAUAUCUGUUAGAGCAGAACGAUGUUUGAGUCGUCGACUGGGGCAAGAAACCGAGAUCCUCAGAGUUCUAGACGAUGUCUGGGACAAAUUGGAGCUGCAUGAAGUGGGAAUUGCUUUUGAGAAUGACAGGAAUCAAUGCAAGAUACUGUUCACCUCUAGAUCUCGAGAGGUAGUGUGUAAUGAUAUAGGUGCUGACAAGAUUUUCAUGCUUGAAGUUCUAUCGUAUAAUGAAGCAAAAGAUUUAUUUGGCAAAAUAGUUGGGGAUUCAAUGAUGAACAAUCCUAAUAUCCAACCUUUGGCAACUGAAAUUGUGGAAGAAUGUGGAGGAUUACCAAUUGCGAUAACGACGGUCGCAAAUGCAUUGAAUAGCAAAAGCUAUCCUACUUGGGGAUAA